CGGGCAUUCGACCUUGACUUUUAUGAACAUAGUUAAAAGUUUUGACAAUGACUCUGUUAUCGUGCCACAACCAAAAUUAUGUCUAAAGGGACGGAAGGACGGAGCUUCGAUGUUUUAAAGAAGGCGACUCCUGACGGAAAGUUGUCACUGUUUUUGGAUCGAAGAACUUUCGUUGAUCAUUUCGACCAUGUUGAUCCCAUCGAUGGAAUACUGAUUAUGACACAAGAUGUAAAGAAUACUGAAUAUGUAUUUCUAAUCUUCACAUGUUCAUAUCGUUUUGGUCGUGAUGAUUUAGAUGUAUUAGGAUUAACAUUUCAAAAAGAAUUAUUAAUUUAUACAAAAUGUUUAUGGCCAAAUCAUCCAUUUGAUAAUAAUGAUAAUCAUAAUAAAGAUAAUAAGAAAUGGAAUAAUACAUGGAAAAAAAUAAAACGUUUAUCAAAACGUAAAAUUAAUACAAAUGAACAAAUAUCAUGUACAAUAAUAAAUGAUAAUGAUCCAUAUGGAAUAAUUUGUGAAACAUUAAAAGAGAAUGAUUUAUUACCAUUUCAAUUAAAAUUAAUUAAUAAACAUGGAGAUUUAGCAUUUCCAUUUCGUAUAAUUAUACCUACAUCAUCACCGUCAUCAGUUGCGAUUCAACCAAAUGAAGAUGAUUCUCGAAAAUUAUACGGUGUCAGUUAUGCACUGACUGCAUUCGCUGGUCAGAAAAUUCAUAGCAGUCAACCGAUUAGUUCCACUGUAACAAUUAUUCUAAGAAGAUAUAUUGCCGGACCUAAACUGAUCAAUCGUCCCUUAUAUCCAGUAGCUGAAUCAACUAGAAAAACAAUCAAUUUCUUAUGUUAUUCAGGAGAAGUGGUUCUUACAGCGUCUGUUGAAAAACCGUUAUAUUAUCAUGAUGAAUCAGUCAAUGUAUCAAUUGUAUUGGAUAAUUUUUCUAAUUUAUCAGUUAGAAAAUUACAAAUAGCAAUUGUUCAAGUUACUGAAAUGUUCUUACUGGCAAAAGGAACAUAUCGGUCUACGAUAAAUGAACAUUUAUGCAAAGAGAAUCUUCCUCAAGCUGGUGAGCAACAAUGGAAGUAUACAAUAUCAUUAGAUACUAGUUUUACUGAUACCUUAGCAAAACAAGGUGUUGCUUUAGAAGGUUAUAUUAAACAAGAAAAAAAUUGGUUGGCUUCAUCAACAAUAUUGAAAUUAUCUUCAGAUUUAGGUGAAUGUUUAGAAACGAUGCAAAAUAUUUAUAAAAACACUGAAGAAUCUACGGAAACGGCAAUCAAAGCAAAUAAAGAAUUACAUGGUGUUGUUAUAUCAUACUUUGUUCGUGUUAGAUGUUGGGUAGGGAUCAGUCGAUUUUCUGUCCAUGUACCAUUUUUAUUGAUGCAACCAGAAAAAGAACUUAGCACUAUAAAUAAUAAUAGUAAUAAUAAUGAUAUACGUUUAACUACUCAUACUGUUCAAGCUGAUGUAGUAGAAAAUCAGCCAAUGGAAGACAAAUUAGAAAAGAAACAAAUUGAAAUACCUCAUGAAGAUCAAGAUUAAUUCUUGUAAAUCAUAGUUGAAGUAUCAAUAUUACAUUCGUCACCAAAAGUAUAUUUAAAGUGAAACAGCCUAGUACCUUGUUUAUGUAGAAAAAUAAAAUUAAAAAAAAGAUUUUUUUUGGUUUUUUUGUAUAUCACAGUUGAUUGUAUCAGUUUUAAAUUGUACUUUUAAGCUUAUAUUCUAUUGAAUAAUUUCUGUAGAAAAAUGAAUAGAUUUUUACGUUAUUUC